UUUUUCAGUCACACCAAUUUCAUGAACCUGAAAAAAAAACACAACUAAAUAUCCGAAACUGGACGAUACAACCUGUUACCUGCCUGUGGUUGGUUCCCGUCGAAUUGUACUCCGGCUCUUGAUUUGAUGAUUAUGAGCAUCCCGGUAGCAUAUAAUAAUCAUUUAGCAUUCCCUGACCGGCCGGUUAAACUGAAUUUACCGGCGGUUGAACUGAAAACACCGGCGUUACACUGCGAACUUGUCAGAAACGCCCGUUUAUCUCUCAAAACCGCUGCAUCUUCUUCGUUUACCGGCUCCGGUGCUGAAUAUUCCGAACCGUUAUCCACUGCCCAGAAGAAGAAAGCUCGGAAAAUAGCCGGCAUAGACCAGGAUGAAUUAGUCGAUCCCAAACUUCUAGCCGACUCCGACAGUUGCUUUUGCGAGUUUAAAGGGUUGCAAUUACACCACAAGAUAUGUGAUCCCGAAACUGAACCACAAGACUCAUUACACGAUGAAACCAUUUCUAAUUCGUCUCACCAAACAGAGAAACUUAAGUUCCCUCUGAUCUUAUUACAUGGAUUUGGAGCCUCUUUGUUCUCUUGGAAUGCAGUUAUGAAGCGUUUGGCAAAUGUUUCCGGUUCGAAAGUUUUAUCGUUUGAUAGACCCGCCUUUGGGUUGACAACAAGGGUAGAUAAUCCUUCUAAUCAUGCUCCAGCUGGCAGUAUCCAGGAUACAAAGCCUCUUAAUCCGUAUUCUAUGGCAUUUUCUGUACUGGCAACUUUGUACUUCAUUGAUUUUUUGGCUGCUGAGAAAGCGAUACUGGUCGGGCAUUCUGCUGGUUGCCUUGUAGCAGCUCAAACAUAUUUUCAAGCACCGGAACGUGUUGCUGCUAUGAUUCUUGUUGCCCCUGCAAUUGUAGCUCCUUUCAUUCCCCCCAAAAAAGUCAAAGCAAAUAAUCAAGAAGACGAGUCAAAUGCAGAUAAUAUGAAAAAUCCGUUUUUGAGUCUGUUGAGUAUCGUGUCGAAAUUCUCAAGAUUUAUAGCUCGGGUCCUAAUGAGUUUGCUUACAGGAAUGGUUAAUAUGGUUAAUUCUCUGUACAAGAAGGCUUUAUCCGCUUUCUUUCGCUCCUCUGUUGCAGUUAUGCUGGUAAGGAUGGUUAUAGGUAAAUUUGGGAUAUCGGCGGUUAAAAAUGCUUGGUAUGAUACAAGCAAAGUUACCGACAAUGUUCUUGAGGCUUAUACAAGACCGUUGCGAGCAAAGGGUUGGGAUAGGGCUCUUCUGGAAUUCACUGCAGAGAUGGUGGCUAGUUCAUCGCCCGAAUCAAAUCCGCCAUUACCAGAAAGUUUGAGUGAAAUCUCUUGUCCAGUUCUAAUCAUCACGGGUGAUAGUGACCGUCUUGUACCAUCUUGGAAUGCCGUGAGGCUUUCGCAAGCCAUCCCGGGAUCUCACCUUGAAGUCAUAAAGAAAUGUGGUCACUUGCCUCAUGAGGAAACGCCGGAGGAGUUUGUGACAAUUGUCGAUAAUUUCUUGAACCGUGUCUUCCGUAGAGUUGAAUCACAACCACUGCAGGCAGCAACAUGAAAGGUUUAUCAAGCAUCUUCAUAAAAAGGAGACAGGAUCAGUUGAUGUUUGAAAUCAUAUCAUUUCUUGAUUUGAUCAUUAUAUUUAUGUAACAGCUGCAUCAUAUAUAUUAAUGUCUAAUAAAUCCAAUUGAAAGUA